UCGGCACACAAACAAACCCACACUUCUCUCCCCUCCGUCCGGCUCCGGAUUCAAGAGAAACAUGCACGGCGGCGGCACCAGCACCCGUGACGGAGACGGCGAACUGCGCGCGCGCGGCUUCCACGUUCCCCAGCACCGGAGCACCGCGGCGCGCGGCCUCCAGCUCGCCCAGCACCGGGGCAGCGCGGGGCGCAGCCUCCAGCUUUCGCAGCACCGGGGCAGCACGAGUGCCUCCGCCGAUGCCACCGAUGGAGGAAGAAAACCCCCGCCGAUGCCACCGGUGGAGGAAGAAAGGCGCGGCUUCCACCUUUGCCAGCACCGGGGCAGCACGAGCGCCUCCGCCGAUGCCACCGACGGAGGAAGAAAUCCCCCGCCGCCGCCGCCGCAGGACCUCUCGGACAGGCCGGGUUCCUCGCGGCACGUCCUGUCGGGUUCGACAGACCUGAUGGUCGCCCUUUACAUUGAGAUGGGUUUCCCUGCAGCGAAGGUCGCCAUGGCUCUCGAGCACACUGGAGGACAGGUCGAGGAUGAAGCCAUCCUGGACUGGCUGAUUAAUCAUGAGGAGACUGAUCUAGAGGGGUCCAGCUCACCAAUUGACCUGGAGGGGUUCAGCAGUUCAUCGAGUGACCUGGAGGUGUUCGGCUCAUCAAGAGACCUAGAGGCAUUUGGUGAAGAGCUGACAGAGAGAGAAAAGAAGUUGUGGACACUAGUGGAGAUGGGUUUCACAGAGGAAGAGGCCUCUUCAGCCAUUGACAUAUGUGGUGUGCACGAACAAGAUUCAAUACUUGCUGAUGCAGUAUUGGCUGCACAGAUAUUUAAGAGAGACAAUGACUCUGCUGAGAGUGUACUACUGGAUACACCUCAAGAACCUCCAUACUUUUACUUUGAGAAUGUUGAACGCGCCCCGAAAGGGGUUUGGGAUGAGAUGUCUCGUUGUCUUUACAAUCUAGCACCUGAGUAUGUGGACUCAAAGGAUUUCUGUGCAGCAACACGGAAAAGAGGCUAUAUCCACAAUCUUCCUGUAAAAGGAAGGUUCCGUAUCCAGCCAAUGCAACAAACAAAAAUACAGGAGAAAUUUCCACGGACAAAACAAUGGUGGCCUGCAUGGGAUACAAGGACACAAUUGAACUGUAUACAGACUGUGAUGGCCCCUACGACAGCAUCAAACAGGGUGCGAGAGAUCCUUAGUGAUUGUGAUGGCACCCCAAGUGAAGCUAAUCAGAAAAACAUCCUCAAUCUAUGUAAAUGUUGUUGUGUCUGCCGAGAUAUCUGAAGUCAACCAAGGCAUCGCUUAGGAAUAGGUGGUGCAGAGGUCGCCUUGCAUCGCUUAGGAAUACGUGUAAAUGUUGUUGUGUCUGCCGAGAUAUCUGAAGUCAACCAAGGCAUCCUGAAGAUCUGGUGGGAGCGAUCAAAUCAAAAAGGGAAGCUAGUUGAGAUGGGUGACGUGGAAAAUAUCAAUGACAAUGACCUCGAGAUAUUGGUGAACAGAUUUGGUGGUUUUGAUCUGGUUGUUGGUGGAAGCCCAUGCAACAACAUUUCAGGUGGAAACAGGCACAGCCGUGUAGGGCUGGGGGGAGAGCAGUCUAGGCUAUUCUACCACUAUGUCCGCAUACUGAAACAAGUCCGGAAAAUAAUGCGAAAGAUGAAGCGGCGAAAGAUGAAGCGGCGUGCCUUGCCAUGAAAGUUGGGAGAUGCAUUUUAAUUGGAGAAAGAUUUCAAGCACUAAGCCAGACGGUUACAUCAGCACCAAUGGGAUCUGGAAGAUCGAUUGUAGACAAAGGACCUUGCUGUUUUUAGUCUGAUCGAUUGCAACUUUUCAUGUAUCAAGCAAACACCAGUUGAAAAUGCCCAAGCUUUGAGCGAAUUCUUAUAGCAUUGUACUCUUGUCUGUAGAUCUAUUGCAUGCCAUAGAUUAUGCAACCUGUGCACUCGUAAACCAUGCACAUAACUUGGUUUUCUUUUAUCAGAUUUUGCGGACCACACUAGCCUAGGGUGCUGAAAGAAAAGUAGAAUCCAUGACAUAUAAAAACACCUAUGAUAAACUGCAGGUAUUUAGUGAGGAUGCAUGUCCACAUGUUUUCAGCAACCAAAUAUUGCAGAGGUUUUGUCUUUAGUAGUUGCUGAAUUAAACUGAUCAAUUCCUUUGGUGAUACUUCAUAGCUAGCUCUUUGGUGAUACUUCAAUCCUUCAGGUCU